GGGGAGGCGGGCGGCCCCGCCGCCGGGGGAGCGCCAGCCCGGCCGCCGGGGGAGCGCCAGCCCGGGCAGCGCGGCGGCGAGCAGCAGGACACUUUGAAAAAUCCUUAGUGGUCAUGACAUUGUUACAAGUGACAUAAAUUAGCCAGUGGCUCAGAAUGAUGGAUACCCAGAAGACUACAAAUGGUUUGCAAGUGAUUGGAGAAGGGACUGGUAUAGGGAAAUCGACACUCCACAUGGUGGGGUAUUUGGGAAAACACUGUAAACCCAUAGAAACAACUGCACAUGAGUAUUGUCCAGUGUGCAAAGAGAAGGGCCAGCUCCAGGGUUUACGCACUUACCGCAUUAAUUUUCAGGAGUCCAUUUUUCUUUGUGAAAAUCCUCAGUGUAUCUACCCACUUGGUUAUAAACCAUUAAGCAGCAUAAUUACUUCUGCCGAUUCAGAAAAUCAUCAGGCUUCAUCUAUUCAGAAGAAAAGGAAAUUGUGUGGCAUCAGUGACUUGUCUCCUGUUGAAUCGUAUCCAAAAAAAGCAAGAACUAAUAACGUGGUAAAUACUGAGCACACUAUUAACACAGACCCUGUUGUCAAAUGCUAUCAGAAUGGCUUAUCUAUCCCCAAGUCAAGCCUACAUGAUGUGUUACAAAAGGAACACCAAAAACCUGGUAACAACGUGGAGUCCUGCGUGCAGAAGGUGGAUUUUGAAACAACCACCAAUACCAACAGCUAUCAAGAAAGUCUGCCUGAGACUUCUAGUCCCAGAACACAACUCUUGCCAAAUUCUGAGCUUUGCUCAAGAGCAUCCAGAGCUGAUAAAGCUUCUGCUGAUAACACAGAUGUAUGUCUUCAGUGGAGAAACACGCAUAACCUGUGUUGGUUAGAUUGUAUUUUAUCAGCACUGGUACACUUAAAAACGCUAAAAGUUGCUCUAGCAGAAGAAUCUAGUGAUGAAAAAUGCUUACUCCAGAAACUCUUAACAAAGUAUAAUCGUGCAUCUGUGCUCCUGAAUACCUGUGAAAGGAGUAAAGUGAAAGAUGUUCUUCCAAGGGCAGAAUCUCAUCUCAAUGAAGUCAGAAACAGAAUGUUUACACAGCUUCAGACUCGACUUAAGUGUGAAUUGGGUAAGAAGGAGAGUCCAGUGUUUGCUCUCCCUCUGCUCUUACAACUGGAUGAACAAGCAGAGAAGCUGUUCUUGCAUUCCUGUUCCUGGAAGUUUGAAUGUCUUUGUUGUGGCUACAAAUACCAGGACCGGUUUAGGAAAACACUAACAACAUUCACAAACAUCAUCCCUGAUUGGCAUCCACUUAACGCUGUUCACGUUGGACCAUGUAGAAACUGUGGUGAUGGAUCUCAAAGAAGACAAAUGAUUUUGGAAAAAGUACCCUCAAUAUUAAUGUUCCACUUCGUAGAAGGCUUGCCACAUAGCAACCUGAAGAACUAUUCAUUUCAGUUUGAAGAAGACACCUACCAAAUAACAUCUAUUGUUCAGUAUCAAACAGAUAAGAAGCACUUCAUAACCUGGUCUUUGAAUCCUGAUGGAACUUGGCUUGAAUGUGAUGACUUAAAGGGUCCCUAUUGCAAGAGCCAUAAAAGAUUUGAAGUUCCUCCUUCGGAGAUUCAUAUUGUUAUCUGGGAAAAGAAAACAUCCCAUGUGCCAGAAGAAUUGAAUUCACAGUUCCAGAGUAAAAAUAUCAAAGAUUCUCCUCUUAAUAAUGUACAGCCAAACUCAACAGUGUUUCACAGUUUUGAUAACACUGUAGACAAAAGACCUGCAGAACAUUUCAAAGAGGAUUCUGUGAGGACUCCAGAUAAGAAAGAGCAGAGGGUAGCUGAGGAUGAAGAUGUUAUUCAGAACGGUUUAGAAAACCUGUCACAUGAUGAUCUUGUAACACUGAUGCUUGAAGAAAUUCAAGAUGACUCAGAAGGUAAAUCACUGCUGAAUGGACAGAUGGUGGGAAAUAAACUGGAUGUUGAAAUGGGCACACCGCAACUGCAAGAAUCAACUUUUUCAGCUGACACUCUGUAUACAGGAGAGUUUGCUGGGACUAGUCUAGUUAGGAGCAAUAAAUGCACGUUAGAUGAAAAUUCCAGCAUUUUCUUACCUCUAGAAGAGUUGAACCCAGCAAACAGGACUCUUCCUGUGCCCCAAAAACACAACCUUGAUCCAUCUGACUCAUCGCUUGCUCAAAGAACAGGUGACAAAACUAAUUUACCUAACGGAGAACACAGAUUAAAUUCACAACUACAGCUAAACAAGAAGCUGUCACCAGUAGAGAGUAUUGUACAAAAAUCACCUGACCUGAAAGAUGCAAGCAAAAUUGUAGUUAAUUCUCAGGUUGCCAAUUCUGCUGCUGUCAAUAAGUCCUUUCAGCCUUCACACAAAGACCAAAAAAGAGGGUUUGUAGGAAGCUGGGUAAAGAAAUUAUUAGGCAAGAAUACUUCUUUUAUGCCUUCAAGUGCCUCAGGUCUCAAGAACGAGAGAAGUAGCAAAACUCCCUCAAUUCAAAAAAUUAGUGAAGUGCGGUUACCAGUUAAGGGAGCGAGUAACUUUGGUGGAUUUCAAAGCAGAGCUACAAAGAAAACAAGUGAGACCCCGAAGUCAGCGGUUCCUCAGAGUAAUAAUGCUCAUCCUUUAGCAAAUUUCAAAGGACUUCCUCAAAGCACUCGUCUUCCAACAGCAUGUCCUACCACUAUGGAAGGCCCAACUUGGAAUAAGUCAGGAAGUACGUUGGGUGCCUCAGGUAAAGUGAGUCGGUUCCAUUCACCCAGCUGUAGCUCUGGGAAGGCAGAAGAGUCAGACAGCGACAAAACAAAGAAACUUCGCCUAAAACUGUUAAAAAAGCUUAAUGCUAAAAAGAAGAAGCUGGCUUCCCUGGAUAGGCUGGCAGGGGAGCAGAUGGCCCCUGAGCGAAGGGCAAGCGGUGAUGCCAGCACCCCCUCGCAGGGCGAGUGCCACGGCGACGGUGAGUUGCUGCAGAGCUUCCUGAGGGAGCUGCAGUAUCAGAUGGAUGUCGCAGAGAGCGAAUCUGAGCUGCACGCCAGCUCCAGCCACAGCAGCAGUGAUGAAAUCCUGGCAGAACUGCUGUCCCCUACUUCAACUGUCGCGUCCUUAGAGGCUCCGAGGAGUGAAGAGGAAUGUAUGUACAUGGAAAUGGAGAGCAGCGUUGUGGCGGCCGCACCUGUGCCACCUGCAGGAAUGACAAGCCAGGACCACAAUUACUACAGUCCUGUAAAGGACAGUGAUGUGGAACUUCAUACAGUAAGCAAACCCAGCGUGAAAAAACUUGCUUUUGAAAGCCCAACAAGGGAAGAUAUCCUUGAAGACCUGUUCUCCAUUUCAGCACCAAGUUCAAUGGCAGGUGACAUAGAUUUACCUCAUUUUGACGAGACUCUGUUUGAAACUUGGUAACUCUUGGGUUUCUUGGGUUUAAGUAUCUUUCAGUAUUCUGUAUAUUUUGAAAAAAAAGCACUAUUAAAUUAUAUUUUCUAACUAGUUUAAUUGCACACUGGCUGUACUUGAACAAUUUACAUUGAGGAUUUUUUCCUUAAAAAUUUAUUGCAGCAGACACAAGGUUUUAAUGCAUUUUAUUUUUUCAAGAAGCAGUUAUUUUAGCUGUCAGGUAUAAUGAUGAUAUUUAAUUAAAAGCUCCUACGAGUCUUAUUUUUUGCUGCUUUUAAUAUGGAAAACUUCUUCAUAUUCUACUGAGUUUGAGAAAUAAUAAACUUAGUAGUCUUGAUGAUGUAAUGUUGUAAGCAAUACCGUGUAAGUAGUAGUGAUUAAUUGUAUAUGAUCAAUCCACUCCUGAAGUUACGUUAUCUGACAUAAAAGAGAAGUACCUUUUUGUGUUGGGGGUGUUUGCAUCCUUGGAUGGAUACAAAGAUCAUUUGCAACACUAAACAGGAGGCUGGCCUUCUGUUAGGAGCUCUGUUCUUCAGCAUAUCUGUUCUACAGUCUCACUCUGAUGCAUACACCCCUUGGAUCCAAGGAAGGAUGGAUAUGUGGUAGAAAUUUUCCUGUUCAAAGUUACGGCAUGUACUGAGUUUUCACCCUGGUUAACUGAAGAUGUAAUUUGGCAGAAUGUUCUUCUGAGCCAGGUUCUGUUUUAAAUAAAAUUAAUAAUAUUGGGCUGGA